CUUUAUUUCUUUCUGUGUUUACCUUAUAUAUUGUUUGUUUGUUUGUUUGUUUUACAAUGGACAUGUUAUCCAAUCGAAAACGACCGGUAGAAUCAGAUGGUGAAGAAGAAAGUGUGAACAAGAAGCCAUUGGUGGAUAAUUCUAUUGAUAAUUCUAUUGAUAAUUCUAUUGAUAAUUCUAUUGAAACUACUGCGACUGAAUAUACACCUGAUGAUACAUUGACAACAACCAAGGAUCAAGUCAAUACGGAUACACUACAUCAACAACAGCAACAACAACAAGAAGAAGAAGUUAAUGAUGAAAAUGCUUCUAAUCAAGAAACUGCUUUGGAAGAAACUAUUAUUCCUUUUGAUCGACUAGUGUUGCUUCAUGUGGAAGUCACUUGUGAUGAAAAUCCAACCAAUCCAGCUGCUGUUCAAGUGACAAAGGAAAAUGCAGAAAUCAUUCAAAUAUCGUUUGCCAUUGUAAAGUCCUCCAACAUGGAAAUCCUAAGUCAACAAACUAUUUAUGUCAAACCUGAACGAACUCCCCUUACUCAGUUCUGUACUCAAGUCAGUGGUGUGACCUCGGAUAUGAUAUCUAAUGCAGGAACUUUGAAAGAAGCCAUCGACAUAUUGGGUCAAACCAUUCAAAACGAUAUUGUGAACAAUCAACUUGAUUUUUGUUUUGUGACUCAUGGUGGUUGGAUACUACGAAUUCAAUUAUCCCGUGAAGCAAGAGACAAAAAGCUGGAUUUACCUGACUACUUGGCAAAACCCUGUAUGUUUGAUCUCAAGCAAGAAAUUCAACGUUGGCAAGUUCAUCAUGCUGAAGUCCAAUUACGUACCACUUCUAUUAGAGAAUUAUGUGAUAUCUUCCAAAUACCUUUGAUUUCAAAACAGAACGACAAGGAAAAAGAAACGGAUGACAACAAAUCUAUCCAAGAUGCUGAUAUUGAUAUUUUACCAACAACUGCCAGCAUUAUACGUUAUCUCACCAAGUUCCGUCACAAUGAUGUAUUUGUUCAUCCUAUUGAUACAGCAGCUGAUUUACAACAAUUUGAAAAAGAACAGUCUAAAGUGGUACAUCUGGCUGGCCUUCCAUACGAAGUGACUCAAGGUGAAUUAGAAGCAUGGUUUUCUUCCAAUGGUCUUCGGCCAUCAACAAUGUGGAUGAUGCAAGCAACCGAACAAACCAAACCAAGUCUCUCUGGAUUCAUCAUUUUUUCACAACAUGAUGAUGCUGUUCGUGCCUUGUUAUUGAAUGGUCGAUGUCUCAGUGAUCGUGUGAUUGAAGUCUCUGCCAGUAGUGAACGUGUAGUUGAAGCUGCUUAUUCUAUGCUCUCUCCAUUCCCUCUUCAAUCCAAAACUCGUCAAGUCCGUCCUGGUGAUUGGAAUUGUCCCAACUGUUCAUUCCAUAAUUUCGCUUCUCGUCGGCAUUGUUUCAAAUGCAAUGCUGAAAAUAACAACAAUGUGAUCACCACUCCUUCUGGUCCUGCAACAUCUUCUUCUUCUUCUUCUUUCUCUUAUCCACCUGGUAGUGGACAUCAUCCUCCUGGUGGUCAUCCUGCAGGUGCUCCUUUCACUCCUGGCGAUUGGAUAUGUCCAAAUACAAAAUGUAACUUCCGCAACUAUUCUUCUCGUACCCAAUGUCUCAAGUGUAUGACAUAUCGUCAUGGUGGAUCGAUUCCUCCCUCUGGUCCUCCUUAUAGUCCUCAUCAUCAUCAUCAGCAUCAUCAUAUUCCUCGUCCUCAUCAUCCUGCUAGUUUCCGUCCUGGUGAUUGGUAUUGUCCUAAUCCUGCAUGUGGUUUCCAAAACUUUGCUUCUCGUAUGUCUUGUUAUCGUUGUCAUACUCCCAAUCCUAAUCCUGCUCCUCCUGCCCCUCCUCCUCAACAACAACAAUCAUAUGGUGGUGGUCCUGGAGUUCCUCCUUCAUCUACUGCUCCUGUUGGACAUGGUAGUUACGGCUAUGAUCAUUCGACGAAUUCUCCUUAUACUGGUAAUACAUAUGGAUCUAGUUAUGGUGGUCCUCCUGUAAAUACAAUGGCUCCUGGUACUGGUGGACAUGGUUUCCGAGCUGGUGAUUGGUAUUGUCCUAAUUGUAAUUCUCAUAAUUUUGCUUCUCGAUUCCAAUGUUUAAAAUGUCAUACAGCAAAACCAUAUAAUCCUUCUCAACCAAAUCCUACUCCUGUGUAUGGUGGACCUGGUGGUUAUCGUGGACCCCCUCCAAUGAAGAAUGGUGAUUGGGUAUGUCGAAACAAUGGUUGUGGAUUUCAUAGUAAGUUGGUAUAUUCAUCAGUUGGAAAAAAAAAGGGAUGACAUUUUAAUUAUUAUUAUUAUUAUUUUGUCUAUAGAUUUUGCAAAACGAACUUACUGUGGCAAAUGCAAUGCUCCCAAUCCAGAACCUAACACUUUUGUAGCGGACUAUUGAUGGAUGGCAUGGUGUGAUUGAUGGUGGGAU